CAACACUUACUUUGUUGUUGUUUCAGCAGCCAUCAGAUUGAGGAGGCCGGGAUCUGCUCGUCACAUCUGUCCGAGGACAUCCUUGCUUUGAGGACGUUUGAAGACAACGGGCCAAACUUCAGAAACAUCCUCCCGUCCCCGCUCCAGGACUGCAAGGGCUACACCCCCAAUGUGUUCAGGGGGAUCAACACCUCCGGUUCCUAUCACGUCUACGGCGACUCCCAGCUUCCUUCUACGAAGCUUGAAGGCCCCCACCAGCUCAGCGACCUUCCCAGAGGAGGGGCCCAGCAAAGAUGCUCGCAAGUGACUCACAGCGAGUCCACCACCAUGCUCUCCCACCCCAGUUUCCCCACCAAUAUUACCCAGAGGUCCAUAUCCCCCAUGGAGGAAAACGGCUGCCCAAGAUUGUCCCAAGGUUUUAGUAAAGGUGUGAUCUGCAGCCCUCAAAGCCCCCUGCGAUCCGACUGUCAGCCAAACUCGCCGACCGAGUCCAACAGCAGCAGGAACGCAGCGCUGAGCCUAAGACAGUCCUCAGAAUGCUCCAAAGACACCAAGGCCCGCAACUGGAAGAAGUACAAGCUGAUCGUUAUGAACCAAACUCCAGACGAAAACGAUAAGGAGAGCCGGGAAAGCGGCGCUGAAGCUACACCCAUGUCCCCGACGCUGAGCGCCUGCAGGAGCGCUGCAGCAGGCGAGGCGCAGGGGGAGGAAGCGGCCGGCGAGCACAGAGAAGAAAUCCACACGGCUCAGAGCGUGGAGAGUUGCAGCAGCAGCACCUGUAGCAGCAUCAGCUACCGCAGAUGCUCCUCCUGUGGUUGUGACAGCUCGCAGUGCCUGGAUAUCGGCCACCUUUCUCCGGACUCUUACAGCAGAGAGGACACCACCAAGCUACACUCAGAGUAUUCCUCCUCUGGCUGCGAAAGCAACAUCUACUUCUGCAACGGGUGUGACUGUAAGUUCACGGAGGAGGACUCCCUGAAAGAACACAUGGCCCAGGUGCACAGUGACAAGCCAUACAAGUGUGACUGCUGCCAGGCCGCCUUCCGCUACAAGGGGAACCUGGCCAGCCACAAGACCGUUCACACCGGUGCAAAGCCUUACCACUGCAACAUCUGCGGCGCUCAGUUCAACCGGCCAGCAAAUCUCAAGACACACACCCGCAUCCACUCUGGAGAAAAGCCAUACAAGUGCGAGACAUGCGGCUCCAGAUUUGUCCAGGUGAAGAAAACAUAGGAAUCUAAUGACUUUAGAAUC